AAGUUCAGCCUGUUACUCUUCAUUCUACCCAAAUAUCUGUAUUUCAGAUGGAGCAGCUAUCAGAUGAAGAAAUUGACCAUGGUGCUGAAGAAGACAGUGAUAAGGAAGAUCAGGACCUGGACAAAAUGUUUGGAGCCUGGCUAGGGGAGCUAGACAAACUCACUCAGAGCUUAGAUUCUGACAAGCCCAUGGAACCAGUAAAAAGAUCUCCUCUUCGUCAGGAAACAAAUAUGGCCAAUUUUUCUUAUCGCUUCUCCAUAUACAACUUGAAUGAAGCUCUGAAUCAGGGAGAAACUGUGGAUCUGGAUGCCCUGAUGGCCGAUCUUUGCUCAAUAGAGCAGGAGCUCAGCAGUAUUGGUGCAGGAAAUAGUAAGCGUCAAAUCACAGAAACAAAACCUACUCAGAAAUUACCUGCUAGCCGACAUGCAUCAAAACAUGGCACUUUGAAAGGAUUGUCGUCCUCGUCUAACAGAGUAACUAAAGUGUCACAUGCCAACUACUCCCUGGAUGACAUCACUGCACAAUUAGAGCAGGCUUCCUUGAGCAUGGAUGAGGCUGCUCAGCAAUCUGUACUAGAAGACACUAAGCCGUCAGUAACUAAUCAGCACAGAAGAACAGCAUCAGCAGGCACAGUGAGCGAUGCUGAAGUGCGCUCUAUUAGUAACUCCUCUCGUUCUAGCAUCACCUCUGCAACGUCCAGCAUGGACUCAUUGGAUAUUGAUAAAGUAACACGCCCUCAAGAACUGGAUUUGACACAUCAGGGGCAGCCAAUUACUGAGCAUGCUAUUUCUCUGAGAUGCCCCAGCAAGCAGGCCAAGCAUCAUACUGACUUCACAGAAGAACAGGCUGAGCUGACACCUCACUCCUAUCUGGACAGGGAAACCUCCCUUCUUCUGAGAAACAUUGCAGGAAAACCUUCUCAUUUGCUGACCAAGGAAGAACAGGCAGCAAAAUUGAAAGCUGAGAAGAUCAGAGUUGCCCUGGAGAAAAUUAAAGAGGCUCAAGUGAAAAAGUUGGUGAUCAGAGUUCACAUGUCUGACGAUAGUUCUAAAACAAUGAUGGUGGAUGAGAGGCAGACGGUGAGACAAGUGCUGGACAACCUAAUGGACAAAUCCCACUGCGGUUAUAGUUUAGACUGGUCACUCGUAGAAACCAUCUCUGAAUUACAAAUGGAGAGAAUCUUUGAAGACCAUGAAAACUUGGUUGAAAAUCUUCUUAAUUGGACAAGAGAUAGCCAAAACAAGCUUAUAUUUAUGGAACGUAUAGAAAAAUAUGCACUUUUCAAAAACCCACAGAAUUAUCUUCUGGGGAAAAAGGAAACCGCUGAGAUGGCAGAUAGAAAUAAAGAAGUGCUGUUGGAGGAAUGUUUUUGUGGAAGUUCUGUAACUGUACCAGAAAUUGAAGGAGUCCUGUGGCUGAAAGAUGAUGGUAAAAAGUCCUGGAAAAAGCGUUAUUUUCUCUUGCGAGCAUCUGGUAUCUACUAUGUCCCUAAAGGAAAAGCAAAGGUCUCUCGAGAACUGGUGUGCUUUCUCCAACUGGAUCAUGUCAAUGUUUAUUAUGGACAGGACUAUCGGAACAAAUACAAAGCACCCACAGAUUAUUGUCUGGUGCUAAAGCACCCACAGAUCCAGAAGAAAUCUCAGUAUAUCAAGUACCUUUGUUGUGAUGAUGUGAGGACCCUGCAUCAGUGGGUUAAUGGUAUUCGCAUUGCAAAGUAUGGGAAACAGCUCUACAUGAACUAUCAAGAAGCCUUGAAGAGGACAGAGUCGGCUUAUGAUUGGACUUCCUUAUCCAGCUCCAGCAUUAAAUCAGGAUCCAGUUCUUCGAGCAUCCCAGAAUCUCAGUCAAACCAUUCGAACCAGUCUGACAGUGGAGUGUCUGACACUCAGCCAGCAGGACAUGUCCGCUCCCAGAGCAUUGUGAGCUCCAUCUUCUCUGAAGCCUGGAAACGGGGCACUCAGUUAGAAGAGUCCAGCAAGGCCAGAAUGGAGUCUCUGAAUCGACCCUACACUUCACUUAUGCCCCCUUUAUCCCCACAGCCCAAGCUGGUCACCCCCUACACCGCCUCACAGCCUUCCCCACCUCUGCCGCCCCCGCCCCCACCCCCACCCCCGCCCCCGCCCCCUCCCCCCCCACCUCCCCCUCCCCUGCCCAGCCAGUCUGCACCUUCUGCAGGUUCAGCAGCCACGAUGUUUGUCAAGUACAGCACAAUAACCAGGCUGCAGAACGCUUCUCAGCACUCGGGAGCCCUAUUCAAGCCUCCACCACCCUCAGUGAUACAGUCUCUGGCUUCCACCCCACAGUCAGGAAAACCUCAGAUCCUGGUGCCCCCCAAUGGAGUGGUUCCCCCACCCCCUCCUCCACCCCCACCCCCCACCCCGGGCUCAGCUAUGGCCCAGCUAAAACCGGUGCCCUGCACCCCAUGCCUCCCACAGUUCAGCCCUCCCCCUCCCCCUCCCCCGCUGAAGAUUCAUCACGUGCAGCAUGCCACUCAAGUGGCUCCUCCCACACCACCACCUGCCCCUCCUGCCCCUGCACCCCUCCCUCCCCAGGCACCCCCCAAACCCCUUGUGACUGUGCCCCCACCGACCGGCACCAAGACCGUGCCACCUGUCAUGACACAAGCUGUGCCACCUACACCUGCUCCUCCAGCUCCCCCCGCAAAAAAGCAGCCAGCUUUUCCUGUUUCCCACAUUCCACCCUCUCCCCCUGCUCCUCCUGGCCCUAUUCCGCCACCCACGUUACCCAAGCAGCAGAGCUUCUGUGUAAAACCGCCUCCCUCCCCACUAUCUCCGGUGCCCUCGGUAGUGAAGCAGAUAGCCAGCCAGUUUCCGCCCCCCCCAACCCCUCCUCACAUGGAGUCACAGCCCUUAAAGCCCCCCACAGCAAAUGUGGCCCCUCAGUCCCCUCCUGCUGUAAAAGCAAAACCUAAGUGGCAGCCCAGCUCCAUCCCUGUCCCUUCUCCGGAUUUCCCUCCUCCUCCACCUGAGAGCAGCCUGGUGUUUCCUCCACCACCACCACCACCACCACCACCACCACCACCGCUGGCCUCAGCCCCGCCACCACUGCCAGCCACACCCACAGCUUCUCCAGCCUCCGCCUCCGACAAAAGUGGAUCUCCUGGCAAAAAGACCAGUAAGACGUCCAGCCCCGGGGCAAAGAAACCUCCCCCAACCCCACAGCGAAACUCCAGCAUUAAGUCCAGCGGUUGCGCAGAGCACCCUGAGCCCAAAAGACCCUCCGUAGACAGUCUAGUGAGCAAGUUCGCAUCGCCAGCAGAACCGUCAGGGUCUCCCAGCAAAGAGAGCCCCCCUCCGGCAGCACCCCCCAAACCUGGAAAACUGAAUCUUUCUGGAGUUAACCUUCCCGGAGUUCUCCAACAAGGAUGUGUAUCAGCAAAAGCAUCCGUUCUGAGUGGACGUGGAAAAGACUCCGUGGUAGAAUUUCCUUCUCCUCCAUCUGAUUCUGACUUUCCACCUCCUCCACCUGAAAUAGAGCUUCCUCUGCCCCCCAUAGAGAUUCCGGCAGUAUUCUCGGGAAACACCUCUCCAAAAGUGGCAGUUGUCAAUCCUCAACCCCAGCCAUGGUCCAAAACAUCCGUGAAGAAGGCCCCUCCCCCCACACGACCCAAACGGAAUGACAGCACCCGCCUCACUCAAGCAGAGAUCUCUGAGCAGCCAACAAUGGCCACAGUUGUGCCACAAGUGCCCACCUCUCCCAAAUCCAGCCUUAGUGUCCAGCCUGGAUUCCUAGCUGACCUCAACAGGACACUGCAACGGAAGUCCAUCACCCGGCAUGGCUCACUCUCCUCCUCCCGCAUGUCCAGAGCAGAACCCACAGCCACCAUGGAUGAUAUGGCAUUGCCCCCGCCCCCCCCUGAACUGCUUUCUGAUCAACAGAAAGCUGGUUACGGGGGGAGUCAUAUAUCGGGCUAUGCAACGUUGCGGAGAGGACCCCCUCCCGCUCCCCCCAAGAGAGACCAGAAUACCAAGCUCUCAAGAGACUGGUAGUAGCUACCAUAGGACUUUAUUUUCAUGGUGUCUGUAAUCAGUUCUACAAUCAGCUCACCUGAUCACCUAUGAAUUCUGGUGUUCAGAGCCUCCUAGUAUGAUGUUGUUAUUCAGGUAGUAUCCAGCUCUAUGUGUGUGUACAUUUGCGUGGACACACAUAGCUAUACACAUAUAGUGUGUGUAUGUAUAUGUAUAUAUAUGUAUACAUAUA